AUGGCAGGUAUCAACUUACCGUUCAUACUGAGCGUUACGAUGGCUUCGCUGGCCACGGGGUAUUACCUGGGCCAGAUAUACGGGGGUGCGACACAUGCCUGCCUCUCUGAGCUUAACGCACAGGCGGUGCUGAAACAGGUGAAAGACAGGGCGGAAUCUGCAUCGCGCGACGCUGAAGAGCUAGAUAGUACAUACGAAGACGAUUCAGAUGAGGAAGUUGUGGAGGUGAGCUCGCUACCUCUCAACGACAUCCCGGGGGAAGUUCGGAUGGCGCUCGUGAUAAGGCAGGAUCUGGGGAUGACCAAGGGCAAGAUUGCAGCUCAGUGCUGCCACGCUGCCUUGGCAUGUUACAGGCUGAUGGCCGAAGACGUGACUCGUGUAUCAUACAACCGUGACAUGGUGAUGCGAUGGUUGCAGCGCGGGCAGGCGAAGAUCACCCUGAAGUGCCCAGAUAAAGAAACAAUGGACGAACUAUUUGCAAAAGCGAUGGCACUUGGUGUGAAUUGCCAUGUCGUCCACGAUGCGGGCCGGACACAGAUUGCUGCUGGAAGUGCGACGGUGCUUGGUUUGGGACCAGCGCCCAAGGCCGUGCUUGACGAGAUCACAGGGGAACUCAAGUUGUACUGA